GACAGGUGGGCUUGGUAAUCAAACAGGUUCACAAAUCCUAUCUGCUUCUUUUUUCUGCUGUUCUAGAUGCUUCGGAUUGGGAUAUUAGCGCUAUUUCUUCUCUGCACAGCCAGAGGUGCUGAAGUAUGCUAUGACAGGCUGGGAUGUUUCACAGAUGAUAGACCAUGGUCUGGAACUGCAGAGAGACCAAUUCAAAGGUUACCCUGGAGCCCAGAAAGGGUAGCUACCCAGUUCCUCCUUCACACAAGAGAAAGUGGUGGUGGUUACCAGGAGAUAUCUGCUGCAACAAUUGGGAGCUCAAACUUCAAAACAAGCAGGAAGACAAGAUUUGUUGUUCAUGGAUUUAUAGAUGAAGGAGAAGAAGGCUGGCCCUCAGAUCUGUGCAAGAAAAUACUUACAGUGGAUGAUGUAAACUGUAUUGCUGUAAGCUGGAAAAGAGGUGCAAGAUGUGCAUACACUCAGGCUGCGAAUAACAUCCGUGUUGUAGGCGCUGAAAUUGCAUACUUGAUCAAUGUACUCAAGGAUCAAUAUUCAUACUCUCCAGCCAAUGUCCACAUCAUUGGUCACAGCCUUGGCGCACACGUGGCAGGAGAGGCUGGCAAGAGGGUGCCAGGGAUUGCAAGAAUAACUGGACUUGACCCUGCCCAACCUUACUUUCAAGACACACCAAUUGAAGUCAGGCUGGAUAAAAGUGAUGCAGAGUUUGUUGAUGUUAUCCACACAGAUACAGCUCCCUUCAUUCCCAACUUAGGUUUUGGCAUGUCCCCGGCAAUAGGACAUCUUGACUUUUAUCCAAAUGGAGGAGUAGAAAUGCCAGGAUGUGAUAAGAAUCCCCUUUCACAGAUUGUAGAUCUCGAUGGCAUCUGGGAAGGAACUAAGGACUUUGUGGCCUGCAAUCACCUGCGCAGCUACAAGUACUACUAUGACAGUAUUAGCUACCCUGAUGGAUUUCUGGGCUAUACCUGUGGUUCAUAUGAUGCUUUUAAACAAGGCUGUUUCCCAUGCCCAAGCGGUGGAUGCCCAAACAUGGGUCACUAUGCAGAUAAAUUCAAAGGGAAAACUUCAGGUUCUUUUGUGAAACUUUACCUGAAUACUGCAUCCGCCAGGGACUUUCCUCUUUGGAGGUACAAAGUCACUCUGAAACUCGCUGGUAGUUCAAAAGUAUCAGGAUAUUUAAAUAUUGCCCUGUAUGGCAGUAAUGGGAACACAAGGCAGCAUCAGAUAUUCAAGGGAACCGUCCAUGCAGGCAACACUUACACAGCCUUUAUUGAUGCAGAACACAAAGUUGGAAAAGUUACAAAGGUUAAAUUUCUCUGGAACAAUAGCGUGGUAAAUCCAUCUCUGCCUAAACUGGGAGCCGCAACUGUUGAAGUGCAGGUUGGAGAAACUGGAGAAACAUUCAAGUUCUGUGGCUCUGAGACAGUGAGGGAGGACGUUCUGCAAACCCUUAAUGCUUGCUAACAACGCAUACAGAUGCCCACAGCCUCGCUGCCAACAAACACUGGUCAAGCAUUAAAGACCAGAGUCUGCAGUCUCUACAGCAAUAAUAAUGGAAGCUUCACAUGCUGAUUUGUUGAUUAUUGUACCUUUUAGAUGCAGACACGCAAAAGGAAACCUUUCUUGCUCUAGCAGGAUAACGAACAAUCAAAAUAAAUAAUAAUUAUCUAGGAAUUUUAA